AUGAUUCCUGCGUGGCACCUUCGGUCUCGGUAUGUGCCCGUUUCUCAGCUACCUACAACGCCCCUACAGCAAAGUGCGAUCACGAUAAUAUUUCUUAUGACGUCUCUUGCCUUUGUUACCAGUGGUGCCCGUAUAUAUACCCGCUUGAGCAAAAAGCAGCUGUUCUCGAUUGGUUUGGCUGUACCGAAUUACUUCUUCUUCAAAUACGAAUACAUAGGCUUUCCUACAGGCGAUGUCCCCGAUUCCUACGAUGUCGAGCCGGUGUUAUUCUAUAAAUGGAUCAUGCAAGUUCUCUACAACCCGAUCCUGGCGCUCGUCAAGUCCUCGAUCCUUUUCUUCCUUCUUCGCCUCGGAGGCCAUCGACAGAGUAUCAGAUGGUCAAUCUAUGCCUUGAACACAUUCAACAUUACAUUAAUGAUCACCAUAUUCACCAGGGUCAUCUUCCAGAUCCCAAUCGCCGCAUUCUGGAACCAUUCCGUAACGCCGCGGCGACAAAUUGACGGGCCAAUGUUUUAUAUCACGACGGCCAUCAUCACAAUCGUUACAGAUUUUCUUGUGCUUCUGAUUCCGUUCUGGGUAUUUGUAGGGUUGAAGAUGCGACUAGCGUCAAAGAUCGGUUUAAUUGUCGUGUUUCUCAUAGGCGGCGUGGUUACAACUGUUGCGAUAUUUCGUGUGAUUGAGCUUCAUAAGAAGUUCUAUCAAGAAGGCUACGACUCCAGAAACUCUUUAGGCGACACUCUCAGCAUAAUUGAGGUUAACCUAGCCACCAUCGUCUGCUGCGGCCCUGCACUAAGACCGUUGUUCCACAAGAUGUUUCCACGCCUGUUCUCCGGUCGAAGUACUAAUGAGACUGGGAAGUAUAAUACGCCCAGUCGAUAUGGAAAUUGUGCUAGUGGUGGUGGCUUAUUUCACCUCAAGGAUAUGCAUUGUAGCUGGACGCAAACGGAGAUACGCGGAUACUCUCCAAAUGGCAGUGAAGAGGAAAUCAUGACAUACAACGGUAUUCUGCGAACAACUGCUGUUGACAUUUAA